CGUAUAUGUAAAUGCUGCUCUGGUUUUUGUCUCAUCCAUUGAAACUCUACCUCUUGUCUCUUUUUUCUUUCUUCUAACAAAUGAUUAUGCUUUCCUCUUCUAUAAAAAUCUCUCUUUCUUUGUACUUCACACACACAGUUACUACUUAACCACAUAUUUCGGUGCAUCAUCCAACUUCUUAAUCACUCACAUCCCUCACAUAACUCAUCAUAUAUGGCUGAAGUUGAAUACCAUGCAAAAUCCAAUACUAACACUCCACCCCUAAAGCUCUUCGGCAUCAACAUUAACAAGUCCCCAGAAGAUCAAACUCACGAAUUAGCAAGUUCGAAUUCCGAGACUUUCAUGAAUUCAAGAAAGUACGAGUGCCAGUACUGCUGCAGAGAAUUCGCAAACUCACAGGCACUGGGAGGGCACCAAAACGCGCACAAGAAAGAGAGACAGCUCUUGAAACGUGCCCAAAUGCAAGCUGCUCGUGGUUUUGUCGCUUCACAAAUUCAUAACACAAUCAUAUCAAGUUUCUCUCCACAGUCUCAGCCACCUUUGUCGUGGUUAUGCACACCACAUGGUGGUGCUGCCUUUGUGGCUCCUGGAAGACUAGUCUAUGCUGCAGCUGCUGAUGGCCGUGCCCGCCACCACCAUCCUCUACCACGGUUCGGUGGCUUCAACGGCGGUGAUGGUAGUGGUGGUGGUCGUGAACGAGUCUUCGAUUUGGAUUUGCAUCUUAGCCUAUGAGUUCUCUGAGUCCGAUUUUUCAUUUAAUUUAGCAUCAUAUGUGUAGCAGCCGCCUUUGUAUUUUCUUUUCUUUUCUUUUUAUCACCCCAUGUUAUUGGUGUGCCUCUGUUAAAGAUUCAACCUGACUAGUCACUUUAGUGGAUCUCUUCUCAGUCAUAUAUUUUUUCAUCCACUUGCAAUCCAAUUUCACUUCCACUUGUUAA